GAGCGCUCCCAAGAGGCGUGACUGUGACGCCGUGCGAGACAUGAGUAAAUAACAGACACUGAAACUUGAAGGAUUCACAAGAAAACUUCCUUCGGAAGCGCUGACUGCUCCUGUCUCCUGAAUACAAGCACGUUGUUAUAAAGUUCAGGAAGGAUGUCCAACCUAUUUUGUCUGCUGACCACUGAAAAAGAUUCAGUUCCUCUGAAGAGCAUCGAUGUUCUGCUGGAGGUGAAGGACCAUGUGGCUACUCUGGUCUCCACUCUGAACUUUCAGAACAAGGAGGACAAACCUCUGGAAACCGUGUUUGUCUUCCCUCUGCCUGGAGAUGCUGCUGUGUGUCAUUUCAGUGCUCAGAUUGGAGAAACACACAUUGUAGCUGAGGUGAUGGACAGACAGCAGGCUCGGCAGGUGUAUGAUGACGCUGUGAGCUCUGGUCAGAAGGUAUUCGAAUUGGAGGAGAGUGAUGAGAGUCCAGAUAUUUUCUCUCUGACCCUGGGCAAUCUGCCUCCAGGAGAGAGCGCCUCCAUCAGGCUGGAGUACGCCACUGAGCUGGCUGUGCAGGCUGAUGAUGGGCUGAGGUUCUGUCUGCCUGCUGUGCUCAACCCUCGAUACCAACCUCAGGGUAGUGAAGGUCCCAGUGUCCAGGUGACCGCAGUACCAGCCUCUCUGGUGCCCUACAGUCUGUCCUUUUCUGCCAGAGUGUCCUCUCCUCGUCCAGUCUCUAAAAUAGAGUCCAAUUGUCCUCUGGAGCCUCUUCAGUAUCUCAACGCUGAUCAAACUCAGGCCACGGUGAAGUUGGGUACAGGACACAAGUUUGACAGAGACAUUGAGCUACUGAUUUAUUACAAAGAUGCCCACCGACCCUCUGCUGUGGUGGAGGCAGGACAGGCCUCUGCCAGACCUGGCACACUGAUGGGUGAUCCAGUGGUAAUGGUGAGCCUGUAUCCUGAAUUUCCUGAAUCUGUGAUGUCUAAUUUCACAUCCUGUGGAGAGUUUGUGUUCUUACUGGAUCGAUCAGGGAGCAUGGAUUUCCCGACAUAUUGUGGAAGUCGUCAGAGUCGCAUUGCCAGUGCCAAGGAUACACUGAUGCUCCUGUUGAAGAGUUUACCCAUGGGCUGCUAUUUCAAUAUUUAUGGUUUUGGAGAUCAUUACGAACAAGUCUUCCCCAAAAGCGCAAAGUACAAUCAGAAGAACCUUAAACGGGCUUUGAAAAAAGUUGAGGAGAUGGGCGCUAAUCUGGGAGGAUCGGAGAUCCUGGAGCCUCUGCGACAAAUUUACAGACAGCCCUGUAUUCCUAAACAUCCCAGACAACUCUUCGUCUUCACUGAUGGUGAGGUGAAUUACACAAAAGCUGUUCUGGAUGAGGUGAAGGAACACUCUGAAUUUCACAGGUGUUUCUCUUUUGGGAUUGGAGAAGGUGCCAGUUCUGAACUCAUCAAUGGGAUGGCCAGAGAGGGAGGAGGACACGCUCAGUUCAUCAUAGGGAAAGAAAGGAUGCAACCAAAAGUGAUGCAGUCCCUGAGGUUCGCCUUGCAGCCUCUCGUCACUGACAUUUCAUUGUCGUGGGAUUUACCCGAGGGUGUGUCCGCCACCGCUCUGUCUCAACCACUUACAGCACUUUUCCAGGGUCAGAGGUCACUGAUUUUUGCUCAGCUCACCGGAGAGUGUUCUGAAGCAGAUGACGGCUGUUUGACAGUGAGGUUUACCACAGCGGGUCAUCCAUGCCAGAACCAUCUGCAUUUCUCUCUACAGCCUGCAUGUGAUCUAGACUUUGACCAGAAAGAAGAUAUGCCAUUCACUUGCUCCACGAUCCACAGGCUGGCUGCUCGUACUCUCAUCCGCUCCCUGGAGCAGGAGCAAAGGGAGGAUGGGAAGCUGGCUGAAGAACUAGAGAAGGUGGUGGACCUCAGUGUCCAGUCUGGAGUCAGCAGCAUCUUCACUGCCUUCAUUGCCGUCAACAAAAGCAAUGGGGAACCUGUUCAAGGUCCGCUGAUCUACAGGGAGAAUCCUACAUGCAUGCCGUUGCUUCGUGGCGGUUUGAGUGAUCUGAUGUUUGAUGAUUUAUGGGGCGAAAAAAACAUUUUCAGGCGCAUUUUCUCGUCUAUCAGAAAAAGAACAUCAGCUAGUAAGUUCGGACAUUGGCAAGCUUGGAAAAACAAUCUAUUUUCAGCUUCCAGCUUCAAGAAGAGCCAAAGCGAAUCUAUUGAAAAUACAGGAGACUGUGGGCCCACAAAGCCAGCCAGAGAUCCACUGCUGGAGCUCGUUUCGCUGCAGGAUGCCUCUGGCUGCUGGCUGCUUGAUCCAUGUUUGGCUGCUGCUCUUGGAAAAAGCAUAGAGGAGUUGGUAAAAACAAGGCCUUCAUCGGCCAAAAGUAAAGUGUGGGGCACCAUUUUGGCUCUAAUUUGGCUUCAUGGAUAUCAAAAGGAUGUGAAGGUUGAAUGGGAACUUCUUGCUAUGAAGGCUGCAUUGUGGCUCAGAGCUGAGAAAGCUGUUUGCGUGACAGUGUGUGUGGAAGCUGGGAAUGUCCUGUUGGGUUGUAAUGUGACGACUGAUGCUCUGGGACUCUGAGGUUGCUGUACUAUUUGUUCCAAUGAAGGGAACCCUGUGAUUCUGUUGCAAAGAAACAAUAGAAACAAACUCACCCAAUCACCAGAUACCCAAAUACCUCCACACUUCUAUUCAACUAAUUUCUUUGCUUUCCUUCCCCUCGACUUUUCCUGCACCACCAAACAAAAUUCGAGUCAUAUUUCUGAGGUCGCAGUCAGGUCAUCCAACUCCAGUCGUUCAGAUCUCAACUUCCCUCUGUCAUCUCUGUCGUCCCUGAAGAGCUCUGUCCUUCGGCCCCUCCUCUUCAUUACUUACAUCCUGCCCAAAGGCCAUAGUUCAUAAAGUUAACACCUGUUUUCAUGUUUUUGCAGCUGGGACCCAGUUCAACCUCUAGUGAAUCUAGUAAAUCCAUUCUUCCAGCCUCAUCUUUUUCCAACUGCCUAUCUAAGUAAAAUCUUGGUUCACUUCAAACUUAAUGACAAUAAAACUGAAAUUUUCCCAAUUGGUACGAAAUCUAAAUGAUCAAAAGCUAACAAAAUCUCUCUCACCAUCAACAACUCCUACAUGUUCCUCUCCCCUCAGGUUAAGAGUCUUUCAUCCUUAGACAGCACAUUAUCUUUCCAAUCUCAUGUUAAUAAUCUUGCAUAUUUCCAUCUCUGGAACAUAAAUCGCCCCCACACUUCUCUUCACCCUGAUACUGCAUCUGUAUCAGAUGCAAAGGAAAAAGACUGUCAUGUAGUCAUUGUGAUAUUUUGCAUCCCCAGAUCAACUACAUUCAUUUUUACUUGUUUGUUUCUUCUAUUUUUUAUUGCCUUUGCUUUUAUUGUAAAGUAAAAACAAUAUUAUUA